AUGACGAAAACAUUUGAGAUGAGUGACCUUGAGUUGAUGCACUAUUUUUUGGGCAUCGAAAUAAACCAAGAAGAAGAUGGAAUCUUCAUAUGCCAGAAAAAGUACACUGAGAAUCUUUUGAAAAAGUUCAAAAUGUACAGGUGCAAGACUGUUGCUACUCCACUUAUAACCAAUGAGAAAUUAAGAAAGGAAGAUGGAUCAAGAAAAGCUAAUGAAUCAGUUUACAGAAGUCUCAUUGGGAGCUUACUAUACUUAACAACAACAAGACCUGACAUCAUGUAUGCGACGAGCUUACUAUCAAGAUUUAUGCAAAAUCCAAGUCAAAUACACUAUGGAGCAGCAAAGGGAAUAUUAAGAUACUUGCAAGGCACAAUUGACUAUGGCAUAUGGUAUAAGCCCACUAUAGAUCCAAGGCUAUUUGGCUACACAGACAGUGAUUGGGCUGGAUCAGUAGAUGACAUGAAAAGCACAUCAGGCUAUGCAUUUACAAUUGGAUCAGGAAUAUUUUCAUGGUCAUCAAAGAAACAAGAGACUGUGGCUUUAUCAUCAGCAGAAGCCGAGUAUGUAGCAGCAGCAAGUUCAACAUGUCAAGCUAUUUGGCUCAAAAGAAUAUUUGAAGAUAUGGGAGAGUGCCAAACAGAAACUACUGAAAUACUUUGCGACAACAAGUCUACUAUAGCAAUGGCGAAGAAUCCUGUAUUUCACAGCAAGACAAAGCAUAUCGCCAUCAAGCACCACUUCUUACGAGAAGUCUCAGCAAACAAAGAGGUUGAGCUCAAGUAUUGCAAGACAGAGGAGCAAAUUGCAGACAUUUUUACUAAGGCACUCCCUAGACCAAGAUUCGAAAUGCUACGUAACAUGCUCGGAAUUACACAAAUGUGCAUUAAGGAGGAGUGUUAA